AUGGAGCGGGAGCAGAUCUCCAACGGAGGGAGAUUUGUUGUGUCGAUGAAUAAAGCAGAAAAUAAAUUUUCUCUGGAAAUUUCUGGUGUGAGAGUUGAUGACACGGCCACCUAUUACUGUAAAGCUCAGUAUAAAUAUGGAUGUAGUUCCGUUUGGAAAGAUGGUUAUGCAGACGGAUCCGGGACAGAGGUGAUUGUCACAGCAGGCUCUUUCAGUCAGUCAGUGACACAGACCCCGGCAGCGGUGACCAGGAAGGAGUGUCAAUCCCUCAUCAUCACCUGUGUUUUCCAUGGUAAUUCUCAUCAUUUACAGUAUGGACAUUUCUUCAGACAAACCCAGGCUGGGACAGAGCGGGAGCGGAUCUCCAGCGGAGGGAGAUUUGUUGUGUCGAUGAAUAAAGCAGAAAGUAUUUUUUCGUUGGAAAUUCGGGAUGCGAGAGUUGAAGACACCGCCACCUAUUACUGUAAAGCUCAAUACAAAUAUGGAUGUGGUUCCGUUUGGGAAGAUGGUUAUGCAGAUGGAUCCGGGACAGAGCUGACUGUCACAGCUGGUUCCAGUCUCCUGAUAUUCCAGAAUCCGCCUUUACAAACCUCUGCUGUCGGUGACACCGUUACUUUAAGCUGUGAAUAUUCAGGCAUCUGUCAGUAUACAGUACACUGGUACCGUCAGUCCCCAGGACAGGCUCCAGAAUAUCUGCUUCAGAGACACACUUCAGGAGAGGAGAAUAAAGAAAAUGCUGCUGGGGAGAGAAUUUCUGCUUCAAUCGAUUCUGCCGAGAAAAUGAGCCGGUUAAAUAUCUUCAAACUACAACUGAGCGACUCCGCUGUGUAUUACUGUGCACUGAGUCGGCCCACAGCACAUACUAAGAUGAAUCAGAUCAUACUUUUCUGCAUUUACUUGCCACUUGACUCGGGAUCACAGCUUCAGAAUAAAGAGUCAUCCAUUAGAACGGAGAAGGAAAAAGGAUCUGCAGUAGAACUAUUGUUGUGA